AUGCAGUGGUGGCAGCUCAUGGUCAGACGUGCCACUGUGGCUUCCUUCCUCAUCAGUGUGACUCUGCUCUACUGUCUUUCUACUCUGCAGAUCAACUUCAGUCCACCAGAUUCUUCAUUACCAAGCUCCAAAAACAGCAUGCAGUGGUGGCAGCUCAUGGUGAGACGUGCCACUGUGGCUUUCUUCCUCAUCAGUGUGACUCUGCUCUACUGUCUUUCUACUCUGCAGAUCAACUUCAGUCCACCAGAGCUGCCAGUGCCUCACUCCUGUGCUCCCCAACCAGGCGAACACAGCACUCAGUCAACCAUAAAUGGCUCACAGCAAGACAGUAACAUCUGUGCACCUAAAGUGGACAUCAUGUUUAUGAAGACCCAUAAAACGGCAAGCAGCACCUUCCUCAACAUCCUUUUCCGCUUUGGAGAAAAGCACAAACUCAAAUUUGCCUUCCCCAACAGCAGAAACGACUUCUUCUACCCUUCACCUUUUCAGCACACACAUGUUCAAGGCUAUAAAUCUGGAAUGUGUUUUAACAUUUUGUGUAAUCACAUGCGUUUCAAUGCACCUGAGGUGGCCAAAGUGCUGCCGAGAGACACUUUCUACAUCACGAUCCUACGAGAUCCCGCAGAGCUCUUUGAGUCAUCUUUCCAUUACUUUGGUCAUGUUGUUCCUCUGACCUGGAGGAUACCAGGUAAAGAUAAAAUGGCCGAGUUCCUGCGUGAUCCGAACCUCUACUUUAGCCCAGAUGGAUUCAACGCCUUCUAUCUGAAGAACCUGCUCUUCUUUGACUUUGGGCAGGACAACACCCUGGAUCCAGAUGACCCCCGUGUUGAGGAGGGCAUCAGGCUCAUUGAUGAGCGUUUUCACUUGGUCAUGAUAAUGGAGCACUUUGAGGAAUCACUCAUCCUGCUCAAGGACUCCCUCUGCUGGGAGAUGGAUGACCUCCUCUUCUUCAAGCUCAACUCCCGCGAGGAAUCCACUGUAUCCAAACUGAGCCCAGAGCUGAGGGCAAAGGCCUUGCAGUGGAACAGUGUUGACUGGAAGCUUUACAAACAUUUUAACUUGACCUUCUGGGAGAAAGUGGAGGCUUAUGGAAGAGAGCGUAUGGCAAAGGACAUCGCAGAGCUCAGGAGGAGGAAUGCAGAGAUGGUGGAGAUCUGCAUUGAGGGAGGUCACUCUGUCGCAGCAGGAAGCAUUCAUGAGGAGGCCAUGCAGCCAUGGCAGCCCAUUGGAGAAAAGUCCAUCGUGGGAUACAACAUGAAUAAAAAUGUAGACAAAGCCUAUCAGGAGUUGUGUCAAAAGAUGUUAACCCCAGAAAUUCAAUAUCUGACAGACUUGGGGGUUAACCUGUGGCUCACUAAGCUGUGGGGACAUGUGAGGAAUAUCAUUAACUGGUGAUGAGACACAAGGUUUUACAUUUACUCAUCUGGCAUACACUUUUAUCCAAAGCGACUUACAAGUGAGGCAACUUAGGGUUCAGUGUCAUGCUCAAGGACACUUUGACACAUGGACACAAGAAGCUGGGGACUGACUGAAAAGUGAAUAUUUUAAAUAGUGAUUUUUUCAGAAUUCCACAUUAUUUUCUGUAUUUACUUUUGCUCUAAAUUACAAUGACACUUUUUAUUGUCUGGCAUAAGAAGUAAUUAUAUAUUACAUGCUAUGUAAUGUAAUUAUUCGAGUCUAUCAUAUAGUCAUUCACUUGCAAAGCGACAGUGAAAGUAGUUCUUAGUACCAUCUACAGGGGAGGAAAGUAAUAGCAUUUGCAGUUUUGGCACUCAUGCCACCUCCUGGCAAUGUGCUUUAUAAAUGCUUUUUUAAUUUAUU